AUGGGACCGCUGUUUGGUUCUGUGGAAGACUAUGGAGAGAUGUUUCAAGACAGUAUUGCUCAGACAAGAUGCGCAUCACUUUCCUCAACAAACCAAACUGGAAAUCCUGUUGUCUACAAGCUUGUUCGGGUUGCACAAGACGGGAGAUUAGUUCCUGCAACCGAUGAAGAAAUGUUGGAGGUCAAGGACUUGCUUGAGAACAACGAGAAUGAUAUGCCUACUGUACCAGAUCCUGGACAGACUGAGGAGGACAUUCUUGAUAAUUGGUCACCUUCUCAGUUUCUGCAGCUAGAAAGUUUUGAUGGUUUGUUCCAGUCGGAAACUGAAGAAGCAUACACAGAGAAUUUGAAUUCUCGUCUUGAGUUUAAAGAGGAGUUGAUGCAUGGAUCUCAGAUGCUUUCUACUCUUCCGGAUACCGAAUUUAAAAGUUCCAGUGAGUUGGUUGCAAAUGAGGAACUAGUCCAGUCCGAAGUUUUGCUGCAGGAGCCUAAUCGUUUUUCAUCAAAUGGAUUGAGUAUGGAUCAGUCUAUGGAUGUGUCACCAUUCUCGGAUGCUACAUGUAGCCCUAAAGAACCUGCAUCGCCAGCUGCUGCCUCAAAACCUGAAUUUUCUAGAGAUGCAGGCGAGAGAUGCUUGAAAAACCUUUCGAUUAAAGCAUUGCAAGAAACAUUCAGAGCCACGUUUGGUCGUGAAACUACUUGCAAGGACAAACUCUCCCUCAAGAGGAGGAUCAAGAUGGGACGGAUCAAUACACGUGUUGUUCCGACAACUAGUACACUGACAGUUGAUGAUAACAACCAGAUUGGUGGAGAACAAAAUAUCUAUAAUGAUACGGAUGAUGCUUUUAGCAAGGUUAUGGUUGAUGAAGGAAGAGCUAAUCACUGCAAAGAUUCACCAUCUAGUCCUGAUUGCAUAAAAGGAGAUUCAAAUGAUUUCAGGCAUAGUCCUGUUGAAGCUUCUGUGGACCAUUAUUCUGGAAAUGAAGAUUAUGAUGGUGAAUAUAGGUCUGCGAAAAGAGCUAGGAAGCCUACAAGGAGAUAUAUUGAAGAAACUUCGAAAAUCAAUGAAAAGCAGCAGAGCGAUAAGUCACCGAUGCUUUCAAAAGAUGAGAAGUCUAUUAAAGUCGCUUCUUCAGGAGGGAGAGUUGUUGCCACCAGGAUGGUAUCCAUUUCUGGUUCCAGAAUUGAGGUCCCUUAUGUUUCUCAUGCGAGGAGAAGCCGUCCGAGAGAAAACAUAAUGGCUCUUGCGAAAUUUCAUUCCAGUUCAUGGGAGCUGAGCAAUGACGUGCACAAAUCUGUUUCUGGACCUGUCAAGCAAGAAAUGCAGUUAGAUAUUAAUCAUCAGACGGACAAGGACUAUUCAAAACCUAAUCUCUCUGAGGUGGAUGAAGACAACAUGGAGCCAGAGGACAUAGACUCUUCUGGAGAUAGCUCAGAUGAUAAUAAUAGUAAUAAUAAUAAUGGCGUUGAUCUAUCAAUCCCUAGAAGGAAGCAUCAUCGAGCUUGGACUCUCUCUGAAGUUACAACACUAGUGGAAGGUGUGUCCACGCAUGGAGUUGGGAAAUGGUCUGUGAUCAAAAGUCGUUCAGGUUCACGAUUCGCGCAUCGUUCCGCAGUAGAUAUCAAGGACAAAUGGCGAAAUCUACUGAAAGCAAGCUUUGCUCAGACUGCUUCAAACAGAAUGAAACACGGGCCUAUUCCGAGUAAGAUUCUGUUGCAGGUAAGAGAGCUUGCUCAGAAGCAAUCACAUGCAAGCAAGGCUAGAUUCGUGAAGGGAUCAAGAAACGGUUUCUUGUAG